CUCAGCCACUGUCAUCGCAAAUCCACACCACCGUACGCGCGCGGCCGAGCGAGCGCAAGCACUCGACGUGCAUUGCGUCCUUGAUCCCAGCAAUCCCUCAAAUCCGAGCGAUGGCGCGCCGCUGGACCAGCUGUGCCCUAGCAUGCGUGGCUGUCUCAGCAUUCGCGCCGCCGUCAACGCGCAUAGCGCUGCGACACACAACAAGACGAGCAACGCCGGAACUCGAAGCGCCGCCCGACAUCAGGUGGCUGGCCAAGCUCAACCCCCAGCAGCCCGAUAGGGAACCGAGCGGCGCGAACGGCACGAUGGUCCUACCACUCUUCCCGCUGGGAGCCGUGGCCUACACGCCUGGUUCUACCCAGGUCCUCAACAUCUUCGAACCGAGGUACCGGAAGAUGUACUCCGACAUCCUCAUGAGCGGUGGGAGAAGGUUCGUAACUACGAUGGUUAACUCCGAGGACAGCGACACGCUCGCCGAGGUCGGUGUGGUACUGUACCUGGAGGAUCUCAAAGAAGUAAGCCAACAGACGAAUGAUGCGGUGAAGUACGUCUGCAGCCACAAAGUGUUAGACUCUCGAGUACGUAUAAAACACGUGUUAAACGAAGGCGAUUCGCGUACCAGAGAGACGUAUCUACGGUGCGAGGUCGAGGAGCUCGUAGACGACGACGAAACGGACGAAGAAUCGUCGGAAGUGUCGCAACUGGAAGCGGCCGUGAGAGAUUCACUGCGGGAUGUCGCCGACAUGCAGGACCAAGGCAAGGAAGACGUCCGCUUCUCCAGAGACGCCGUCGGCAAGCUCGAAGCUUCGAGAGGCGUCGGGUCUGGUUCUCUGUGGGGCGUCGUCGAGCUGUGGAAGAACUUUCUCGACGCGCGCGCGCAAGCGGCGGGCCGACGGGUGCAGCAGGACGUCCAGAACCGGCUCAUCAAAUAUCUCUCCGAGAAGAACGGCGGUUCGGGUGAUAAGCAGCUGCCUCAAUCAGUGAACCUGUCCGAAUUACCUGCUGAUCUGCAAAGGGACGUUCGGACACUGAGAGAUAGGGUGAUGGAGGAUGUAGGACCCUUAGUAGAGGAGCAGACGUCGGGCGUGCAACGAUUAGUUCAGGCUUCGUCGCACGCGGAGCGGUUGCGGCUCUUCGAGCGCAUGGUGGCCAAUGAAAAAAAUAGGUUGCUGGCGCGCAAAACGCUGCGCAAUACGUUAGCUUCGUUGGAGGACAAGUUCAACGCGCCGGCGGCGGAGAAGCCGUCGUCCGAUGAGGGUAAGUCGAGUUAGUAGU